AUGUUGAUUGUGGAUAAUGUCGAUAGAAGACAUUUUGAUUCCACAAAUCACUGUCAAUCUCUCCACACAACACAUGCAGAAACGUUAGUAAUCCCAACAUUAAUGCGGUCCAAGAAAUCAUUCAUCAUGUUGAUAGUGUUGAUUCUUUCGUUUAUGUUAUUCGAUGAUGCUUCAGCAUUGAGCAGGUCUAAUUUUUUUGAAUAUGAUUCGCAGUAUACAAAUACGUUAACUACUAGUGCAACUGAAAAUAUCGGCGAUGACAAUAAUGUGUCGAUUCAUUCAUCAGAGGAUUUUAGAUUACCACGUACAUUGUUUCCACAUUUCUACGAUUUGUCAAUUCAAGUCCAUUUGCACGAGAACAAGUCGCAAGCAUUUUUCUUCAAUGGAUCUGUGACAAUAAAAGUUUUCUGUAAUGUGUCGACAACCGAGUUCUUCGUACAUGCAGCCGAUAAUCUGAAUGUGAGCUUGGAUCAAAUCCAUAUGUCGCUUUUUGAUGAAAAAAAUCAAACAAGUUCUUAUAUUCAAAUAGACGAGGUCCAUUAUAUUGAAGAUGUUGAUUGUUAUCGAAUUAAACUCAAAACGCCUUUGCAACCAUAUACUUAUUACAAUCUGACAUUUGGACAGUUUCGUUCUGAUAUGGACUAUGAUUCUGAUGGAUUGUACAUUAGCAGAUAUUUGGAAAAUGGGAUUUACAAAUAUUUGGCAAGUACUUACAUGGAGUCGAUUUAUGCAAGGAAUGUAUUUCCAUGUUGGGAUGAGCCGGAAUUUAAAGCAAAUUUCAAGGUCAAUAUUAUACGCCACAAAAAUUUCCAUUCGCUUUCAAACAUGAAUUUGGAAAGUACGAAAGUUCUGUACGAUGAUUGGCAUGUCGACAGGUAUAACACCAGUGUGAAAAUGUCCACAUAUCUGUUGGCAUUUGUAGUUUCACAGUUUUCGAAUAUUCAGAGGACAGACAAUAGAGGACGAAACUUCACUGUUUGGGCAAGACCGGAUAAAAUUCGAUCAGCUGAAUAUGCACUUGAUAUUGGCAUAAAAUUAUUGGGAUACUUUGAAGAUUAUUUUGGCAUUCCCUAUUCCCUUCCUAAAAUGGAUAUGAUUGCAAUUCCUAAUUCUUCAAUAACGGCAAUGGAAAACUGGGGUUUGAUAACUUAUGAUGAAAAUAAGAUUUUAUGGGACGCAGAAAACGGUUCAAUAAAUACUUUAAUUGAUGUGACGUUUUCUGUCUCACAUAAACUUGCUCAUCAGUGGUUAGGAAACUUGGUGACAAUGAAAUGGUGGGAUAACUUGUGGUUGAACGAAGGCUUCGCAACAUUUUUCGAAUACAUCGGAGUACAGUUACUGCAUCCUGAGUGGAAAGUAGAUGAACUAUUCAUACUGGAUGAAUUGAUGCUAGCACUUGAUAUUGAUACUUUCAUGUUAUCAAGACCAGUCAUUUAUCCAGCUAAUACUGCAAUACGAAUUAUAACCAUGUUUGAUUCAAUCACCUAUGAUAAGGGCGCCUCCUUGGUUUGGAUGAUGGAGAAAUUCAUGGGCCGUAGCGCUUUUCAAAACAGUUUAAAAAGAUAUUUAAUUCAAAACCAAUAUAAGAACACAGAUGAAAAGGAUUUAUGGAAGGCAUUAUCUGAAGAAUGGAAUACUCAAGGAAAUCAUUUGGACAUUGGAUUUAUUAUGGAUUCAUGGACUAAACAAAGGAAUUAUCCACUAGUGAUUGUAAAGAGAAAUGGGUCGAAUGUGUUCAGUUUUGAGCAGAUACGUUACUUUCAACACUAUGGUAACAAGUCAUCUCAAACAAAUCGUGAAUACUCCUGGAGAAUACCAAUCACUUAUGGGUCAGCACAAACGGUGAACUGGACAAAUGUCGAUAUUGUGUGGAUGGUGAACAACGAAAUGAAUCAAACAAUCAACAUAAGCUCAGACGACUGGUAUUUGGUGAAUGUAAAACAAGGUGGAUUUUAUCGGGUUCACUACGCUGACAAUAACUGGGUCUUAUUAAUCAAUCAAUUGCAAAGGAAUUUCACGGCUAUUCCAGUCUUCUCACGCGCACAAAUAUUGAAUGAUUUAUUCAGUCUUGCAAAUCGUCAUAUUGUGCCAUAUACCCUUUUCUUGAACGCAACAAAAUAUUUAAACCGCGAAGAUGAGUUUAUCGUAUGGAUAACAGCUAGUCGAGCGCUGCUUUACAUUAAUAACGUGCUUGCUCUGAAUGAGAAUUAUGAAGAUUUCCAAGCAUACUUGCGAACUCUUAUCGAUAACCGAAUUCGAUCAGCGAAUUGGUCAUUUGUUGGUGAAGGUCAAGAUCUUCCAAAGAUACGUUUUGACUAUAAUGUGAUCAAACUGGCUUGUGUAGCUGAACAUCAUCUUUGUGUGAACAAAACUUCGGAUCUCUUCAGGCGAUGGAUGUCGAAGCCCGAAACGAACCCCAUACGACCUGAUUUGAGAUUCAUUACUUAUUGUACAGCUAUUCGUCAUGGUGGUCAUGAAGAAUGGAAAUUUUUAGAAAGUCAGCUGACGUUGAACGAUUCUGUAAAUGAGGAAGAUAACGGAAACAAGAUGUUGGCAUUAACGUGUUCUCGUGAUACGGAAAUUAUGAAAGAGUACUUAGAGCGGGUAAGAGAGAACGAGAACUUAUGGUUUACGCUUGACUAUUUCGCGAAAUCUCCAGUUGGCAACCAACUUUUAUGGGACCACCUGAGUGAUGUAAAUAAUUUUGAUAAACAUAAAGACUUCACGGAAUCCAUACUAAACGCAUUAGCUAAAUAUCCUUACUCAUUGUUUAGUGGAAGGAAUUAUGAAAAGAUCCUCCUAACAGAAGCUAAUAAUCAAAUAGACCCAGAACUUCAAGAGAAGGUCAAAUAUUUAUUUGAGAUAUCCAGUGAAAAACCAAAAUGGACUGAAGUAUAUUCUACCAUUAUUCAGUGGUUGAAAGAAAAUGUCCCAAUUGUUACCCAUUCAUUAUAG